AUUUGAACAUGGAAUUCAAUCCUUCAGAUCAUCCUCGGGCCAGCACAAUAUUCCUCAGUAAAUCUCAGACGGACGUGAGAGAAAAACGCAAGAGUCUCUUCAUUAAUCAUCAUCCUCCAGGACAAAUAGCAAGGAAGUACAGCUCCUGCUCUACGAUCUUCCUAGAUGACAGCACAGUCAGUCAACCAAACCUCAAGUAUACAAUUAAAUGUGUAGCUCUUGCAAUAUAUUAUCACAUCAAAAACAGGGACCCAGAUGGAAGGAUGCUCUUAGAUAUUUUUGAUGAAAACCUUCACCCUCUUUCGAAAUCCGAAGUCCCACCAGAUUAUGACAAACACAACCCAGAGCAGAAGCAGAUUUACCGGUUUGUUCGGACCCUGUUCAGUGCUGCGCAGCUGACAGCUGAAUGUGCCAUUGUCACCCUCGUGUACCUGGAGAGGCUGUUAACGUAUGCGGAGAUAGAUAUCUGUCCGGCCAACUGGAAGCGGAUCGUGCUAGGGGCAAUCCUGCUAGCCUCCAAGGUAUGGGAUGACCAGGCCGUGUGGAACGUGGAUUACUGCCAGAUCCUGAAGGACAUCACAGUGGAGGACAUGAAUGAGCUAGAGCGACAGUUUCUUGAAUUGCUGCAGUUCAACAUCAACGUCCCUUCCAGUGUAUAUGCCAAGUAUUAUUUUGAUCUUCGUUCUCUGGCAGAAGCAAACAACCUGAGCUUUCCCUUAGAGCCCCUGAGCAGAGAGAGGGCCCACAAGCUGGAGGCCAUCUCUCGCCUCUGUGAGGACAAGUACAAGGACCUGAGAAGAUCCUCACGGAAGCGGUCAGCGAGUGCUGACAAUCUGACUCUGCCGAGGUGGUCACCAGCCAUCAUCUCCUAACCACGUAGUGUCCCCACUGGAGCCUGCACCACCCCUCCAGUUCUCCUGUGGUUUGAGAAAAGACAACGUUGGGGUGGUUUUGUUUUUGUUCUUCCUUUCUUUUUCUAACUCUUAGCUCUGUCAGGCAGCCUUCACACCACCUCGCACUAUUGGCCGCACACAACAAGGCUUCAAGGAAAGCAGUCAGUGUUUGGAAUCCUGUUUCACGCCUUUCCCCAUCCCCAUUAACAGCACUUCCUUAAUGGAGAAAACAGACUCUCAUCCUGAAGGAGGAAACACGGGGAAAGGAAGUUGUGUGGAGGAGGGAAAGAGGUUGAGUGGCUUGGCCAUUUAAAAGUCCCAUCCGAUCAGGAGAUGAAUGCUUUGGAAGCACCCAGUAGGUAGCCUGUUGGCUGUGCAAUAAAGACAGGAGUGCCGUGCUUACUGCCCCAUUGGAUCGGUGUGUUCUGUAAGACUUCUUGCAUUCCUUCUCGCUGCUUUUUUGGAGGGAUUUAAGGGAUUUUAUUUUUACUCUGUUUUGGUCCCACAGAGCAGAGAAUAUAGUUUGUACUCAUUAUGGCACAGACAUCCAAAUAAAUAGUACUGGUUUUCUUUCUGCACUAUUUUUGUGAGGUGUCUUCUGAGCUUUCUUCACAAGUGGGAUGUGCUUCUUACAUUUCUGUACAUCUUUAUUGUACUGUAUAUGGUUUUUCUUCAACAGUGGCAAAAUGAACUUGACUGUAGUGUUGAACCAAAACUAUCCCUUUCUCUUCUUACUCCUCAUGCCAAGAAAAUUCUAAUUCACAUGGGUGCUUGUGCCUUCCAAUUUUCUUACCAUAGCUGUUUUUGUUGUUAUUAUUUCUAUACCACCCCCAGUUGUGGUUACAGAUCAGUCCGGCUUUGUGGGCUGAAGGAAACAGUGUGUAGCAAAGGGAUUCCCUGGGCUGAGACUGAGCCAGGGAGCCUGUGCCAGAGUCACCAUGUGGAAGCAUUUCUCCUGUCUAGUUCGUCCUUCUACUACCACCUCCAUCGUUGCAAGCAAUAUUCUUCUCAAUUUUUAUAUGUUUACUCUAAAUCGAAGUUCGUCUAUUUGUAUAAAAUUUUUUUAAAAAUUUAAAACUAAAAGAGGGGGGGAUAUUCCAGUGGGAAGAUCACUCACAGGGAAAUGUUACUAUUUACUGAGGUAUUUUUCACAGAUUGAUUGAAUAAAAACAACUUGCAUUUUCAUUGUGGGUGCUUAGAGGAGAUACAAAAUCCAAACUGUGAAGGUUUAUGCUUCAUUAAUUAUGACCAUGCCUUUUCAUUUUUUGACUAUUCCUGAUUUUCUUAUGAGCUAGAUAUAAGAAUAUUUUAUAUCAGGUAAAAUAAAAGAAUUAAAGAUACAAUAGCAAAUUUGGUGUGGAAUCUAAGAAUCUGAGUCAUUUACACAGAUAAUGCUUUGGGUUUUUACUUAUUUUCCUAGACCACAGUAACUGAGGUUUCUGAGUAUUUGCCCUUUUCAAAUUUGAGGCAAAUAACAGCAGUCUGUGUGUUUCACUGUCUUUCUUUGUGAGCUCGGAAAACUUUAGAAUUCUGUUAAUUAGUGUUGGGUACCUAAAGGCAUACACCUGAUCCCCACCUUGCCUCCUCAAAGUGAAGGAUGCUUUGGAAAUGGAAGAGACUCAGAAAGUCAAAAUCCCAAGAGCACCAAGCCAAAAGUCAGUUUCAGUGGAAUGUAUGUUAAUAAUUAUUUGGGCUGAAAAAUGGCCAAAUUCUUUCUGGCCUACACUUUCAAAUGCAGACAGCAGAAAAUGAAAAUUACCUUCCAAUUGUGAUUUACUUUGGGAACCAAAUCAGCUUCUCUCUUCAAGUAAGAGUUGCAUUUAGAACUUUAUUAAAUAGAGAUCUAAAAAUGUAGAAAGUAUCAUUUUAUAUUCCCUAAUCUAUAUAACUCAAAAAGGGACAUAUUUUCUUAGCCAAAUAUGAAUACCUCUUAGACAUAAAUUCAUUCCUCUCAUGUAAAAUAUAUUAUUUUAUCGAUCCAUUUCAGGAAAGAGGUUCUGCUGACUUUAGAGCAGAAAUCUUAUUUUUAUCCCUUUUAUUUGAAUGAGAGAUUUGAAAAUUGAAUUAUGUAAAUAUUUCAAUGCAUCUGCUAUUAUUUUGUGGAGUUUAUUAAACUACUUUUAAAAAUUGUAUAGUCUAUUUAUUGUAUGUAUGUACAUACAGUUUAAUACAUGAAAUUUAAAGUGGAUUCCGUAUAACCUGGUUCAGUCUUGUUUAGACUAUUGAACAUUGUUUUAGCCUUGUGCACUGGACUCUACCUCUGUAUAGGAAAUUUUUCCUUAUUCAUUAAUUACUAUUGAUCUGUAUUAAUUGGUUAUGUUUCUUGCACUAAGGAUUUUAAAAACUACUGUAAGUAUAGGUUUUAGUUUUGCCUCUACAGUUGAAUCACUUGACAUAUAGAUAGAUCUCUUAGGUUUAUUUUAUUUUUCUAUAUAUAUGAUGAUGAAGGCAACAUUUUUUGUUCUCUGCUUUGUUCUAUUUGCCAAAAGAAAAAAAAAACAAAAACAAAAAUACAAAACCAGUACAGUACUUAGUGAUAAAUCGUAGUGACUACAAUUUGUUUGCAAAGUGAUUAAACGCCCUUCAGUUAAAACUGGAUGGCUGUUUAGGAGCACAUUGUCUUAGUGUAGUUUUUGAAUGGAUAAUUUUUUGUUAUUAAUGAAGAAUGAAGAAAACUUCAUAAUUUGUUAACUUUAAUUUUAGAUUUGACUUAAACAACAAAUAAAGUCAUUGGGACAACAAUAGACAUCCUGAAGAAUUUUGUUUGCUUUUUUAACUGGGAAAGGGAAGGAAGUCAGAAGCAGGGGACAAAGUGGGUGUGAAGGGGAGGGUCUGUGAAGCCUGGAAAUGCAGGAAGGGGUCCUGGGCCUCAGCCUUGGCCUGGAACCAUCCGUUCCUCCAGACUGGACCGGCUUUCCUGCCUUCUUUCUCUUGGUCUUUGGAGGGGCGUGUCUCCACUUUACCCUUUCCCUGGUUCUGGAGAGCUCACUGCUUUGCUGCAAGGCAGAAGUUAGGGAGUGAGCGGUUUUGACUUUUCCUUCUGUUUAGGUAACCUCUCCCCUGGGGCCAUAUUUUAUGACAUUGAAUUUCUAGAAAAUAUUCUUGGUUCAUUACAGGUAUUUAGUAAGUGUUAAAUGAAUACAUAGAACAAACAGUGCUUGCCUUCCUGCCACAUUUUUGAGUUAUGUUAAGAUAAAACAAGUUGUGUGGGUGCCAAUGAACUAAUUCUUUAUAAGAGCAAUGAAAGAAAUAUAUUAGCCAUGUGAGUCGUGAGUGAUUGAAACAGUAUGAGACCUGCUUAGAAACUUUACUCAGUCCAGGUAGUUAAUGUGAUAGCAACCUAAUAGAGCACAUCACCUUUAUGGGAUGCUCUUGUUUUAUCCUAAAUCACUCUUGCCCUGAACUACUGUAGCUAGCAUUUCAAGACUUACAUCAGAUGGAUCUUAUAAGCGUGGAUUAUUUUCUGAAAAGCCAACCAUAGGGAGCUCCUGGUUGAAAAAAAAAAAAAGGAAAUAAGAAACAUGCCCUUACUCUGUGGUUCACUUGUGCUCCUUAUUUUAAGCUAUGUGGACUUCAGGGGAUGUCCCACUGGCAACUUCAUUAAGGUAAUGCUUUGCUGUUACUGAGUGCAGGGCCUUACUAGAAAACUUGUACCUAAAAGCAGAUCACUCCAGUAGGUGCCAGGCAGGCCCAGUCAUGAGUGCACUUGCAUUGGCACAGCUGGUGAUAACGCACUUCAUCCUGACUUCCAAUUUUCCUUCCAGAUUUUCUUAUUAAGUUUCUGUGGUAGAAAGGUUUCUUUGUGCUGCUUUCCAUUAGAAACUUCCUUCAGGAGUUCAGUGAUCCAUACCAAAAUCAUCUACUUUUAUUGUUGAGUGAAAGAAUCAUUAGAUUCUGACUGUACGUUACCGCAAAUCUGCAUGUUGGCUGCAAGUGUCCAGGUGAGGAGGAUCUGCCCUGACAACUGUGUGUUAUUUAUAGAUCUUUGUAGAAUGAACCUUUUACAGAAAUGGACUCAAACAUGGUGUCUGAUCAAAAGGCAUUCAGAUUUUACAGGUCUCAAGAGACCAUCUUGUAUCCUUAGUGAUUUGGUUUGGGGUAGGGGGCUUUAUUUCUUUUAAGAACUUUUGUUUAUAUAAAUAAAUUAUUUCAAAUGUGGGGUAAAAGUAUGUCAUUCCAA